UCGGGCAGAGGGUGUUCAAAGCCAGAGGCCAGGCCCAAGCAACACAGGAGGCCACAUCUUCUCUGCCUCGGUUUCCCCUCUGCACAUAUCCGGGCACCGCCCAGCUGCACGCUGGGGUGGGGGUCCCUCGAGUCCUGUGGGACAGAAGGUGAGGCCCUGAGAGGUGCCGGCCAAGUCCUGCCCUUGCUGGCCCGGGGGCGGGGCCGUGAGGCCCACGCUCAGAGAUCCCCGCCUGCCGGUUUCCUCCGGGGUCAGCCCGGCUCCUUAUCAGGCGCGGCCAGGCGGCCAGGCCCUUAUCUGCGCUGGCCCAGCAUCCUCCGGCGUGGCUGGGGGUGAGAGGGAGGAAACCGGGCCGCUGGGGGGCGGGGAGAGGGCGGGCUGGCCGGGAGCAGCUCACUUUCCCUCGAGGGACCCACGCUGCCGCCAAGACCCUUGGGAGCCCGGGAAGAGGCACGGCCUGACGCUGCUGCCUGGACGGGGCAGCCGGCUCCCAGCAGCCCGGAGCACAGAGGCUGGACGGGAGCUGGCUGUGGGGCCUGGCGUAAAGCCACAGCUGCAUCCUCGCCCUGACGGACAGAGCCAGGGCACUCACCAGGCAGCAGGACCAGCGCUGGGGUGAGCACCCCCUCGGGGUCCAUGUGCCCGCCCCAGGCCCAGGCAGAGGUGGGCCCCACCAUGACUGAGAAGGCCGAGAUGGUGUGCGCCCCCAGCCCAGCGCCUGCCCCUCCCCCCAAGCCCGCCUCGCCCGGGCCCCCGAAGGCAGAGGUGGUGGGCCACCCAGGCUCCUCCCCCCCUAGGCUGCCCCCCGGCGUGCCAGUCAUCAGCCUGGGCCACACCAGGCCCCCAGGGGCGGCCGUGGCCACCACAGAGCUGAGCGCCCUGCGGCCCCCGCUGCUGCAACUCUCCACCCUGGGAGCCGCCGCACCACCCCUGGCCCUGCAUUACCACCCUCACCCCUUCCUCAACAGCCUCUACAUUGGGCCGGCAGGACCUUUCGGCAUCUUCCCUAGCAGCCGGCUGAAGCGGAGACCGAGCCACUGUGAGCAGGAGCUGGCUGAGGGGCACCAGCCCCAGAAGGUGGCCCGGCGCGUGUUCACCAACAGCCGCGAGCGCUGGCGGCAGCAGAACGUGAACGGCGCCUUCGCCGAGCUCAGGAAGCUGCUGCCAACGCACCCGCCCGACCGGAAGCUGAGCAAGAACGAGGUGCUCCGCCUCGCCAUGAAAUACAUCGGCUUCCUGGUGCGCCUGCUGCGCGACCAGGCGGCCGCUCUGGCCGCCGGCGCCGCCCCGCCCGGGCCCCGCAAGCGGCCGGCGCACCGAGGCUCGGACGAAUGCGCCCGCCGCGGGCCUUGCCGCAGGGCCGAGGCGGGGGCGCGCCCGCAGCCGGCGCCCCCGGCCGGCCCCGAGGGCAGCCCUCGCGGGGCGUCCCGGCCCAUCAAGACGGAACAAGCGGCCGUGAGCCCGGAGGUGCGGUGACCUCCGCGGCGUCGCCUCUGCGCCGAGGGUCACUAGGAACUCAGCCCAGGGCCGUCGAGGAAGGGGCGGGCGACGCGCUGCGCCCGCUCUGGAGCGAACUUCCCGGAAGAGGGACCAGUGAGGACGUGUCCUACAAGGGAAAGGGCCCAGGGGUCUGGAAGGGCGACCGUCGCCCCCAGGUGCUCGGCAGACCCUUUUAUCAUCCGCCGCCCACUGGAAGUGGCCUUGUCCGCGUCCCCCUCUCGGGGUCGAGGUCCAGGAACCCACAUGGCAGAGCGGUCAUCGGACCGAAGUGGCGCCUCUUUUUUCCGGGCUGGGGUCGCCGAGAGGUGGGGAGGGCCGGGGAGCCUUCGCCCUCCUCAGCGGCGCCCCCUCCCGGAGACUCAGGGACAGACGCUCCUCGACGGCGUGCGAGGAGAGAGGCGCAGAAUGGACGCGGGGGCCCCACCCACCGACCCCGAGCCGGUCCCGCACGAUCGCGUUAGCGAAGGCUCAGGCGCUCUUGCUUUUGUUUUUCUUUAUUUCUUUAUUUCACAUACACAUUAGCCAUUCAAUGGAGAAGCCGGAGAGAGUCAGGCAAAGAUGGUAUAACAGAAGCGCAGUGGCGGGGCGGGGCGGGGCGGGGCGGGGCGGAGGGGGGACAGACGGGCUGGCUGCCUACUUGCAUUCCGCUAGGACACUGAAAACCCAGAAAACAAAACAGACAGUAAACUACCCUUGUUUCUUAUGUAUCUCAGUGCAGAGACGGGGUGGAGGGCAGAGAGGGGAGACCAGGCCGGAGGAGGAGGAGCGGAGGGACAGGGGACGCUAAGGGGAAGCACACCAAAUCCAUUAGUACUAUAUAUAGAGAUACUCGUAUAUACUGCGUUUCUUAGCCUAAGAAGAAACUUGUUUGACGGGACGGGCGGCCUUUGCGGUCCGCGAUGCUGGUGCUGGUCGGGCGCACGGAUCUCCCGGGAGGGGCCGAAGCGGGGCUGGCCCAAGCUGGCUUGC